GUUUCAACAUCAGCGGUUCUUCACAAUGUUCAGAUCCACGACAAUAUUUUUGUGUGCCUUUUUUGUACUGGGUCUUAAAGGAUCCUUGACAGGGGCCCAGGAGGGUAGGCGCUACGUGUGUUUAUUAUCGGACCCGGCGAAUCAAUGCAGUGCAUACUGCGUUUCCGCUCUACAACCAGUGAUCGAUCACCUCAAAAAGGAGCAGCAGGAUUGGAGUACCUGCGAAGUGAAGACCAAUGAGACUCUGAUGAAACUAGAUCGUGUGGAAAACCAGGUUACGGCGACUCAACUCCAAAUAGAAAGCCAGCUAACAUCCCUUCAGGCAAAUUUGACGAAGGGUGUUCCACAGGAUCUCGAGAAAAGACUAGACAGGAUUGAAGGCAAUCAGACAGCCGUACAAAGCCAAUUGAAGGCUGGACAAAAGCAGACAGAAAGCCAACUGACAGCCAUUCAGAAAAAACUGUCCGAAAUCGAAAGGAAGCUCGUGCUGCAGAGAUAUCAACAGAUAGGAUCGCGGUAUUUCUACAUUGAGCACAAUCUUAUUGUGAAUUGGAGGACCGCCGAACAGAUGUGUGUUGAGAUGGGCGGCCAUCUUGCUGCUUUCCAAAAUGAUCUGGAGUACAACGCUAUAACUAGGCAAUUAAAGAAUGAAUUUUACUGGACGGGCAUCAACGAUCUGGCCAAACAGGGUGAAUUCAUAUCUUUGGCAUCCGGCAAGAGAGCUCCCUUUUUAAGAUGGCGUAAAAACGAACCCAAGUAUGACGAUCCUUCCCAGCACUGUGCCUUUAUCUACGGGCAUGAUUACGUAAUGGUAGUUCGUUCUUGCACCACUCAAGCUAUGCGCUUCAUUUGCCAGGCAGACAAUGCAGUUUAGUGAGUCAAAUGUAAUAAAUGCGAUUUUUGCCUAGGAUCCUAAUAAAGAUAAACAAA